AAAGUAUUUUCUCAUGCGCCAAUGAACGAUCGUUUGGUGUUUCUGGCCCCCCUCAAAGCAGAUCCUAUUAUCCAAGCAAUUUCUUUGACAAAGUUUGACAUAGCCUGAUAUGCUUUCAGCCAACAUGCCAAUGGACCAUUUCUUCCGUUUGCGUCCAAUCUGUACUCCAACCUUAUGCUACUCAUUUCAGCAACGAAGUCUUUGUCGUGAAAAUGGCUAUAGCGUGAUGGAGUCUUGCAUGAAUCUUUGGUCGUUUCUACAACUUGCUGUCAAGGGAACACAUGAAUCAAAAUCUUUCCGCAAUGGCUAUUGAAAGGAGACAAUUGCCUCAGGUCCUCAAUCAAGCUAUCGCCAAUAUACCGGUGCCACUCACGCAUAAUGCAGCUGCUCGAGAUGCGUUGCUUCCGUGGCUUGCAUUGGGAUACACCCCGGUUCCAACUCCAUCAGGAGAUGGCUAUCAGGAGAACAUGUGUGGUUAUUACGCACUGGCCGGGAGUUUACGUGCUGCAUGGCAAUUAUGGGGCUUGAACGGGCGUAGUCCAACAGUAGCAGAACUUCAAGCAACACAAGCUUCACAGCUAUAUCGAGAUCUCGUCCGGGCUAAUAUGGACGAUUUAGGCUUAGUGGAAGCCGCGGCUGAUGAGUAUUGGAAUGCCCUCACAAGGGCAAACAUGCUGGACGCACAAGGGAUGCGGCUGGUUCUUGAGGCUAUCGUAGAAGAACGUGGCCUUGAACUUGAUCUUGGUUUGGGAAUCGUCACAGAGGGAUUCAGAGUGCGCUGGGUUGAGGAAAGCGAAUUUGACACGGCAGGUUUCGACGAAUCAUCGGUGAAUCGGACUUCAGUGCAAUAUGAUGAACCUGUUAAUUCCAGAAGAGGCGUGAUAUGGGUCUACAAUAAUGGCGGGAAGCCAGACGUCAAGCGCGUACGUUGUACUCCGCAGUUUUUUCUUCUCCAUCGUGAAGGCCGAUUCUUCCAGCUGUAACUCAGCUAAAGAGUUUGUUUUGUCGAAGAUCUCGAGACCUUAAAUGAAUCUUCUCCUUCUCGGCUUCCAAGAGCACUAUUGAAGUUGUCCUAACUUGCCAAUAGAUACAGUAGGUGGAAGACCAGCCGAAGGAGGUAACCCAGUGAGUCAAAUUCUGCUCUUGACCUAUUUUUGAUCUAGGAGUUGGG